AUGCGUUUCCUCAUCGCUUUCUGCCUGAUUGGUGCCGCCUGCGCCCAGUACAACUACGGAGCGGGAUUUACCGGAGCCGCCUCCGACAAUGUUCCCAGCUACUCCGGCAGCGGUGUUAGCGACUCCUACGACGGCGCCGCCAGCAGCCCGGACUACUCGGUCUCCAGCGAGCUGAACAAGGAGUACUACACCUUCGAGGCUGACGAGAGCCAGUUCGAGGAUCCUCUGGCCGCCCAGAAGAUCGCCAGCUCCGUGAACAAGGGCCUGCGCGUGGUCUUCAUCAAGGGACCCGAGAACCGUGGCCUGGAGAACGCUGCUCUGGCUCUGGCCAAGCAGGCUGCCGAGCAGAGGACCGCCAUCUAUGUGCUGAACAAGCAGACCGACAUUGGAGACCUCGCCCAGAAGUUCAAUGCCGCCCGCCAGAACGCCAACCAGCGUCCUGAGGUGCACUUCGUCAAGUACCGCACUCCCGAGGAUGCGGCCAACGCCCAGCGUGCCAUCCAGUCGCAGUACGAUAACCUGGGUGGAUCCAGCCAGUCCAUCAACGGCGGCGUGGCCAAUGCCAUCAACUUCGCCUCCGCUGCCCCCGCUGCUCCCGCUAGUCGUGGCCCCAACUACUCCGCUCCAGCCGCCGCCACCAGCAGCUCCUACCUGCCCGCCAACAUCCUGCGUCGCCUGCGCAUCCGCUAA